AAGCGAAGCCCUGCGAAAGUCGAGAGCUGCUGCCGCCACCAGUCCAUCGAGGAAGCGCCGCCGACGACCACCGCCCGCGCAACCCGAGUCGCCGAUCGCGGGUACCAAGCCGACGGCUUCUCGAUUCUGUGGAGUGUAACCGCCUGCGUUUAGAUCGUCAAGACUUCGGAGAGCCAGAUCUGGAACAGAACCUACUUCCUUGCUAUCCUAGAACCAGAUCCACAACCAACUAAGGAAACAACAAAGUUGUGAUACGGAACUCAGUCUCCAUGAAACAACAAAUCGCAACCGUUAGUUUCCUAUCAAACCGCAGACGCGUCGCUUCAUUUUUCAUUGUUGAAGCUUACAUGUCAACGCACAAGAUAACGAUCUCCUUCUCCACCAUUCUUCACGUGUGUUUUUCUCUUACAACAACAUGCACUGUUGUUAACCACCUCUUGGUGACCCAGUGAUAGGCGGACUCCGGUGAGCUAAGCGAUCCGGGUUCGAAGGCACCCCACUACGGUUAAAUCACUAGGUGGUCACCCGGGCCCAUCCUGCUACUUCUGGGGUGGAAAUGAAGUGGCUGCUGCAGGCUUCGAGGGAUGUCUGGACCCCGGUCUGGGACCCUCGGUUAACAAAAAGAAAAAAAAAAAAAAAACAUGCACUGACCAACAAAAAAAACAAACGUAGACUUAUAUGGAAAUUGCGCCUCACGCACUGACGCACAUGGCAUGAUCUCUGGUUGGAUUCUGCUUUCGUACCAUAGUUGUCAUCAAUAAUAAAUAAAUAAUAAACGUUACUAAUGACUACGACCAAAAAGUUGUAAAAAAAACAAAAUUAAAAGAAACAGUAACUUCUUUACGCCAACCACACAAAUAAUAACGUAAUCCGAUUUGUAAGAAGAAGACUUUUUGCAAAACAUUCUUUUAUAGAAGAGAGACGACCCCCGUCGCCGGGAAGUGACGUCACCUCAAAACCUGCCAAAUGGGUGCCACAGACCCCGUAAAGUUAAAGGCUGUGGAAGAGAGAGAAAACAGAGGAGAAGAAAAAACAGAGAAGAAGAAGAAGAAGCAGAGAGGAGUAAAGGCUAAUGAUGAGGAAGAAGGAGGAGAUAAAGACGAACUCAACCACCACAGAUUCUUAGCGAACUUGAACAGAUUGAACCCGACGAACCCUCUUCGAAUCAUUGUCAACAAUGGCGGCGGCGGUAGAUUCACCACUCCGCCUCCUCCUAACCCCGCGCAGCCGCUCCGAUCAUCCUCAAGAGCUCCUCCGCCGAUACAGACUCCUCCCGUUCGCGCGCCGCCGCCGGAAGAGCCUCAGCCUCCGCCGUCUCCCUCUCCGCCUCCGCUUCAGCAUCAGUCCCGUUCCCUCUUCUCACAAACCCCUCAAGAAACUUUGGCGUCGUUGAACUCGUCAAAGUACACAAACAAGUUCUUUCUCUUCCUCUUCAUCCUUCACAAGAUCGCGGCCAUCGGUUUCGUAUGCUUCCUCGUCUUCAGAGGCGUCCAGGGUCUCAUCGGCUCCAACGGCAGCGUCAAACGCAAAGAGCAACGCAUCCUCAGAUUCCUACUUCCGCAAGUCGAAGCCGCGUCUCUCCUAAGCAUCGUACUCGCGUUCUCCUGGCAAAUGGCGAUCCGUCUCUGGCCUGAGUUCAUGAUCCACUUCAUCCUCUGGAGCACGUUCCUGAUGUCUCUCUCCUCAGGAAUCCUCUUGCUCUGUUUCCAAAUGCCAGCCACCGAUGGCGUUGGUGUUUCCCUCAUCGCCUUCUCUAUUGGAAACGGUUUAUACGCUUGCUGGGUCACACGCCGGAUCAAGUUCUGUACCAAGAUACUGGUCAAGUCUUUAGAGCCAGUUUCAAAGUUCUCUGACUUGAACUUACCAACCUACUACAUGCUAGCCGCUGGCUUCUUCUGGAUGUCGCUUUGGAUCUUCGGUGUCGUCGGUGCGUUGAAUUUUUAUUUCCCGCCGCUUGUGAUUAUCGGUUUGGUGUUGAGCUUGGCUUGGACGACGGAAGUGAUGAGGAACGUUGUUAAUCUGACUGUGAGUAGAGUCAUCGCUCUGUUCUAUCUUAGAGGGAUGCAGUCUAGUACAAGGUUUAGUUUCCAAAGAGCCUUGUCUCGUAACCUAGGGAGCGCGUGUUUGGGGUCUCUCUUUGUUCCGACGAUCGAAGCGCUUAGGAUCGUGGCGAGGGGGUUAAACUUGCUUAAAGGUGAAGAUGAGUUCAUGUUUUGCUGCGCUAAUUGCUGUCUUAAACUCAUGACGUUUAUAUUCGAGCAUGGCAAUGGCUGGGCCUUUGUGCAGAUAGCAGCGUAUGGGAAAGGGUUUGUGAGGGCGUCGCAAGACACAUGGAAACUGUUUGAGGAUGUUGAUAUGGUUGAGGUAGUGGAUGCGGACAUAACAAGCUCUAUAUGUUUCCUCACGGGGAUAUGCAGUGGCUGCGUCUGUGUUAUUGUGGCGGUCGCUUGGACGCACACGGUUUAUAAGCCUUUUACAGCUACCAUCUCCUUGCUUGCCUUCUUCAUUGGAUACCUCAUGACGAGGAUCUCAAUGGCAUUGCCUCACGCAUGCGUGAGUUGCUACUACGCAUGCUACGCUGAGAAUCCAGAGAGCAGAUUCUUUGACAAAACCAUAAAAGAUAGACAAGCUUUGAUCAAAAAUGGUCGUGUUGUUGUCCACACCCCUAGAGUCCGCCGUGCUCUAGCCUAGACCGGCUCUGGCUACUUGAUAUUUUUUUCUCCUUCUUGCCUAAUUGAAUUGUAUUUAAAAUUUGAUAACUAAUUUAGUGAGUGAAAGUGGUAGUGUCAAUAUCAGUGGGGGUGGGGAAGAAAGAAUGUGGUUACAAUCCAACUAAGCAAAGUUGGUUGAGCCUUUUUUGUUUCUUCUUCUUUGUUGUUGAAACCCUUCAAUGACUUUCUGUACAUAUAUUUAUUUCCUCAUUAUUUGUUGGUUCA